AUGAGGGCCCUUAUUAUCGGCGCUGGAUUGGGUGGUCUGGCUUGUGCGAUUGCUUGUCGUCAGCAGGGUAUUGAUGUGAUCAUCCUCGAGCGGUCGCCUGAGGUCCGAGAGCUUCUCGAAGUGGGAAGUCAAGUCCAACAUGUGGACUUCCGAAGAUACAAGGAUGGCCGUCUUUUGCGAUCCAUGCCGUUUGGUGAUGAUAUUACGCAAGAGUUUGGAGCUCCGUGGAUACUUAUUCACCGAGUUGACUACCAUCGAAUUCUUCUUGACGAAGCAAUUCAUCUCGGGGCUGUCCUCGUAUUGGGAGCUGAGGUAGAGAUUGUUUCAGUGGAGCCGCCAGAAGUCAUUCUCGCAGACGGAACAAAACUGUCUGCAGAUAUUUUGAUUGGUGCCGAUGGCCAAUGGUCUACGGUUAGAAACGCCGUUCUUAGAACGCCCAUAUCCCCAGUUGAGACUGGCGAUUUGGCCUAUCGAGCAACUUUCACACGAGAGCAGCUAGAAUCUUUGGGUGAUGACAAGGUGAAUGAACUCAUUCAGAAGGUUGCCGUGACGAGCUGGCUGGGUCCCGAAAAACACACUAUCUUUUACCCUGUUCGUGGUGGGCAGGAGUUUAACCUCGUCCUGUUAAGACCAGAUAACCUGGCCGCAGAAACUCGCAGAGUUGAAGGAGAUGUCGAAGAGAUGCAACAAAGUUACGCGGACUGGGAUGAGACAUUGCUGAAGCUGAUAUCCUGUGUGCCAACGGUAUACAAGUGGAAGUUAACAAGUCUUCCCGAGCUUGAAACAUGGACCAAGGGCGCGGUUGCUCUUCUCGGCGAUGCCUGUCAUCCCACUCUUCCCUAUCAAGCCCAGGGAGCAGCCAUGGCAGUUGAAGAUGGUGCAGUUAUCGGAAAGCUCCUUGGCUCCUUACAGAAUCAGAACUCGGGCAAUGACUCCUCCUUAGUAGCUUCUGUCCUAAACCUCUACGAACAGAUUCGCAAGGCGCAAACAACACGAAACGUUCGCGGAGCUGUCAUGAAUCGAAAGCUAUUCCAUAUCGAUGAUGGAAUCCUACAAAUUAUCAGAGAUUUCGCUCUAGGAUACGCAGGUGUUACACGCAAGAGCGACUGGACUUGGUAUUCGUCCUUCAGACAGCGACAAACCCUUGGAGUAGAUGUCUUAGAUAACUGUGAAAAGGCCUUUGAGGCUUGGGAGGUAUCUUUCAUGCAACAAAAGAAGACACAAUAG